ACGGUUUUAGCAGCCAAGAGGCUUUUUGGACUUUUAUACUUUCACUCAUAAUUGUUUAAUAAGAGGUGCAACAAUUGUAACAGUGUUCGAUCCGUAUAAAAGAAGAGGUUUGCACGUAACCACGCGUUUUAUUUCUAUGGUUACAUGACACUCGCAGGGAACCAAUCGUAGACAUUUCCUGAGUCUGUACUUGUACGCCUACUUGUAUCUCUUUCGGCUGUAAAACAUCGAACUUCGAAGAGAACUUGUAAAUGCUGUUUAACUGCGUUUGGCAAUUCACUUUAUAGCAGUAGUGAGACGCAUCGCCUUCUGAAAGUUGUUUUGAAGAAGAAAAGAACCGGAUAUGAGUUUCUUGUUUGGAAGCCGUUCAUCAAAGACAUUCAAGCCCAAGAAGAAUAUCCCGGAAGGCUCUCAUCAAUAUGAACUGCUGAAACAUGCAGAAGCCACCUUAGGGAGUGGAAACCUUCGAGCUGCUGUGAUGUUGCCAGAGGGAGAGGACCUCAACGAGUGGAUUGCUGUCAAUACUGUGGACUUCUUCAACCAGAUCAACAUGCUCUAUGGCACAAUCACUGAAUUCUGCACAGAAACCAGCUGCUCUGUUAUGUCUGCGGGGCCCAGGUAUGAAUAUCACUGGGCAGACGGCACCAACAUCAAAAAACCCAUCAAGUGUUCUGCUCCCAAGUACAUUGACUACUUGAUGACCUGGGUUCAGGAUCAGCUGGACGAUGAAACACUCUUCCCAUCUAAGAUUGGUUUGUUUGAAUUUCCUUUUGUUAUGAACCGUUAUACAGUGAAAGCUUUCCAUACAGGCUCAUUUGUGUGUCAUUUACACCACUGUUUAUUCCGUCCAGGCGUUCCUUUCCCAAAGAACUUCAUGUCUGUGGCGAAGACUAUACUGAAGCGUCUGUUCAGGGUUUAUGCUCAUAUUUACCACCAGCAUUUUGACUCAGUCAUGCAGCUUCAGGAGGAAGCUCAUCUUAACACCUCCUUUAAGCAUUUUAUCUUCUUCGUGCAGGAGUUCAAUCUCAUCGAUCGCAGAGAGCUGGCGCCCCUGCAGGACCUUAUCGAGAAACUCGGCAGCAAGGAUAGAUAGACGCUGAUAUGAAUAGCAUAUUGGUCAGCCUUAAUGCAUUUUCCAGAAAGCCUAUCUUUAUUCCUGUCCACUUCUUGGAGUCUGAUUUUGCUAUUUGUGCACACUGAUUGUCUUCACAAUAUCUCAGCUGUGCUUUCUGCAACUCAUAGAAGGAAUCUUCCUGAAAACUCUUGAUUUAUGUGUGGAUUUUCUCUUUGUGUUUGUUCUGUUGUCAGUAUUACACUGUAGCCCUUUUAUAUAUAUAUAUGUAUUUGUAAUGGACUGGGAUAUGGAACAAAUAUCAGAGUUUAGUUUUUAUGGAAGUGAAACUAAAACCAGCAACUUUUAAAAUGUUAGCGUAAGGUGUUUUUUGGGGAAGGGAUCAGUAUGACUUUUUUUUUUUAAAUAGUUGUUUUGUACAAGUUUGAAGACAAAUGUUAUUUUUGAUGUUUUCAUUUCUGUGUGAUUGCAUAUUCAGCAGGGAAGAUUAUGACUUUUCUUCAGUGGUAGGUAAAUCCAAAGAGAUUUAUAUUCAGACUUUUAAGCAGUAUUUCAUGCCUAUUGGAAGCAUCUGGUUCAUUUUAUUUUAUUUUUAUUUUAUUUCUAGUCUCAAUAAUGACUCGUGCUUAAUAAUCAGAUUUGUAAAAAGCAUUCCGUCUUAUUUUUUAGGUUAUAGCCAUAUUAGUAAAAAUUCCCAAAUGUCUUUUUAAACAACAAAAUGGUUAUUCGUCAAUACUUUCUCAACUUUUUAUUUUAUUUUAGUCUUAUUAAUUAACCUGUAUUUUGCAUUAUUUGUAUUUUUAGACUUUUUACAAAAGGUGCACUGUAAAAAUUAUGGUCGUAUUUUUUUUAAACGAUGUUGUGAAGCUGGUCAUUUUCAAAGCGGAAAAAGCGAAGCUUUUAUUUUGAAAGUAAACAUUCUUCACCCGGAAGCACGUUUUCGCUCAGUGAAAAUAAAAAAUACGGUCAAAACGA